AGAACCUGGGAAGAGAAGCGAGGACGCGCUUGCUCUCCAACACAGAUUCAACUCACGCUGCAUUUCUGUGCGUUUUUCUUCCGCACUUCUUCCUCAUAAAGUGAUCCGAAUCUCUUAAUACGGUGCUAUAAAGUAUCCGAGAAGGCAGCGUGAGUAGAUUUGAACAUUUGCUGACGGUCCAAUUGGAAACAUGGGUGUAGCUGUCAGAGUCUAACGGUUUUACGCACCGUUUCCUACUUGCGCGUAAAAGUUGAGCGGCCAGAAUGACCAGACGCCAAAGGGGAUCUGCAAGUUUCCCUGAUCUUUCUCAAGUUUAGAUGCUCUAAAGAAGUUUCAUUCCCGCUGGUGAGUACUGGAUCGGAACAAUGUGGAGGGGUGUGCUCCUCACUCUGCUCGUGCUUUAUCUGCUGACAUGGACCAGCGAAGCAGACAAACAGACGCAUCUCAAGCGGGUUCGGCUGCACCGGAGGGUCCGGCUGGGGCGGCCCCAGGUGGGCGCAGUGGCGGGACGCGUGCGUCCUGGAGCAGGGUCCGCGAUUUCAGUGCAGAGCUCCAACCAGCCCGAGGAUGAUCCGGCUCCGAGGGGCGCUGGUUUGACGGGACAUCUGGGUCUACCUCAGGAGAGAAUGAUGGAAGACGAGGGGGCCCCGGGAGCCAGAGCCAGGGUGGCGCGCAUGCCAAGCGGCGCGGGCUCACCCAACCUGCUGGCGAGCUUCGCGGGGAAGAAUCGCGUCUUGGUGAUCUCGGCGCCGCACGACUCGGACGGAUACUACCGGCUGAUGAUGUCGCUCCUCAAACCGGAUGUUUACUGCGAGCUGGCGGAACGGCACGUCCACCAGAUCGUGAUGUUCCACCAGGAGGGCGAGAUGGGGGGCAAAGUGAGGAGGAUCACUACGGAGGGUAAAGUGAUGGAGGAGCCGCUGGACACCGCGCUCAUCCCCAGGCUCAUGAGCUUCCUCAAACUGGAGCAAGGAAAGUUUGGGAUGGUGCUGUUGAAGAAAACACUUCAAGUGGAGGAGAGGUACCCGUACCCUGUCAGGCUGGAGGCCAUGUACGAGGUGAUCGACCAGUCGCCCAUGAGGAAGCUGGAGAAGCUUCGCCAGAAAGGUUUCGUCCAGAAGUGCAAGGGAGCCGGGGUGGAGGGUCAAGUGGAGCAGGGAACGCUGGCAGUUGAUCGAAGUCCACCCAAAAAGAUCCCCAGAAAACCCAUUAAAGUUUUGACCACAACUGAAGUGGUGACGACAGUCGCAACAACACGUGCGGCUACAACAACCAAACCCCCCACCACCACCGUAAAGAGGACCACCACAAGACGACCGACCACCACCACCAUUUCAACCACCCAACUACCGACCAGAGCACCCACCACAGUCCACUCCCUCCCAGCACCCAGAACCACCCAGGAUCCAUACUACUACAGCCGCAGAGAGCGAGAAAGGCACCCGGCGAAGACGACGCCGUCCGGAGACAACCACACAGACAAGACCAACAAAAACACACAAGGUCGGAAGAAUGUUGUGGUGCCUGCCACUCGCAAACCCUCCAAGGUCAAGCCCAGUAAGAAGAAGAACGCAGCAGAGAAGGUGUUGACCAACGAGUACGAGGACAACUAUGAACCCAGCAGACCUACAGGGGCCGACCCGGAGGAGCCGGAGACCUUCCCUGAAAUCAGCCCGACCAAAAAGGUCAAGCACGAUAAGAAGAAGAAAAAGAAUGUCAAGGCCACCAAGAAAGCAGAGCGGCGCGGAGGGAAGGGAGGCAAGGAAGGGAAGAUAGGAGGGAAGAAGAAUGGAAAGAAGUUGAUAAAAACCCCUGACAAAGUGGAUUUCCCCAAGCCCACCAAGAAGCCAACGCCUCCCCCGAAGGGAUCCCUCUCUUCCUUCCUGGACUACUUUGAGAGCAGGAGGCGUCUGCUGCUCAUUACGUCGCCCAGCGAGGAACACCGCAUGUAUACCCAGCAGAGGGACGAGUACUUGGAGUCGGUGUGCGAGAUGGCCAUCCGGAAAGUCUCCAUCAUCACCAUCUUCGGCACGUUGACCAACUCCACCAUGAAAAUCGACCACUACCAGCUCGAGAACGACAGGCCGAUGAAAGGGCUCCGUCAAGAGGACCUGGUGAACCAGGAUCUGAUCACUGAGCUCAGGAAGGAGUUUGGUAUGACGCAUGACGACUUCUACAUGGUCCUCACCGACACAGACAUGAGAGUGAAGCAAUCCUACGAGGUCCCGAUUGCCAUGAAGGCCGUGUUCAACUACAUCGACACCUUUUCCUCUCGCAUCCGAGAAAUGGAGCAGCAGAAGCGAGACGGCGUGGCUUGUAAGAAAGAAGACAAGCCCAGAUCCCUGGAGAACUUCCUCUCCAGGUUCCGCUGGAGACGUCGACUCUUCAUCAUCUCCGCUGCCAGUGAUGAGGACUGGGCCUACCAGCAGCAGCUCUUCGCCCUGAGCAGCCAGGCCUGCAACCUGGGUCUGCGACACAUCGCUGUCCUGAAGCUGGUGGGUACAGAACUACUGGAUAUGGGCGGGUCCUUGGAGCUCUACCCGAUCAACGGAAGUGCUACAGUGGAGCGAGAAGGUCUGUCAGGAUCUCUGGUGAAGGACAUGAGGAACUACUUCCAGAUCAGUCCGGAGUACUUCUCCAUGCUGCUGGUGGGGAAGGAUGGCAACGUCAAGUCCUGGUACCCGUCUCCCAUGUGGUCCAUGGCCAUCAUCUACGACCUGGUGGACUCCAUGCAGCUGCGCCGUCAGGAGAUGGCCAUCCAGCAGUCGCUGGGCAUGCGCUGCCCUGAGGACGAGUACGGCGGCUACGGCUACCACCAGCACGGAUACGAUCACGGUUACGAUCACGGUUACCACCAGGGUUACUGAGGGCGGCGCCCGCUCCUCCUCCCUUCUGUAGCACUUAGUGGAGCCUGCGGGGCGGCUGCACCUCUCCAGGUCGUAUGUAGUGCGUAGUGCUUCUUAGUCAACGUGUUAUUAUAGAGCAUCAGGGAUCUCUGUCAGUGACAGUGUUUGUGGGCCGCCAGCGUUACACUCCAGGGUGGGAGAUAACAGGCUAAACUUUUUUUUUGUAUUUAUUAGACAUGUCCUAUAUUUUGAGUGCAGUCGUUAAGACAGUCACAUUUUAUAUUUAUAAUCUAUUGAGACAAGUAAAAAGAAGUGUUGUAAAAUGGUGGUGCUACAGCUCCCCCUAGUGGCCAAAGUACGCAGUACAGAUAGCGAAGGAAAACACUACAUUUCUUGGCAAUAUUUCCCGACUCUAACGAUUUAAAGAAGGAGCAAUUCGAACAUACAACAAAAUUAAGGCAAUUUUUAAAUAGCAGGGAAAUGUUUUUUUUAAGAAUUUAUUGUAGAAUAUUUACAUCAUUUGGCACAGACUUGUGUCCACAGCAGCAUGAGCUCCACUUGUGCAGUAAACAGUUAAAAAAAAAAAUUACAUGAUACAUUCUCAUUAUUGGACAACUUCAAUCACCUUCAUUGGACCAACAGUGUGAAAAUAAAAGAGGAAUGAUGAGAGUCUCUCUGAGAACUGGCCUGUUCCUCACUGUAAACCGUGGCUUGUUCCCUCAUCAGGUGUUGAUAUGAAAACAUCUUCAGGUGGUCCGUGGAAGCUGGCUGUUGCUAUGGCGACGACUCCUCAAAAUCACUGUCACUGUUGUUCUUGGAAAGCAGCUCCAGCUCCUCGCCGUCCUGGCAACCACCACAGCACAGAUCACGCGUGUCAGUGAUGCGGCAAGACCCGACACAACAUUACGGCCUAAACAGAUCCUGCCCUUAGGUCUCAGCUCGCUGUCGCUUUAGGUCACCUUCACUCUCUCUCCUCCUCACCUUCCUGUCUUGUCUGCGCCCUCAUUUUCCUUGGUUUGCUCGGUCACCUCCCUCCAACUUUCCUUCAAUACCUUCUCCUCUCCUGCUUCUCACUCAUCUUAUCUCUAGCACUCCUUGUUCCACGGGUGCAACUUCCUUAUUCCUUAUCAAUAUUAUUGUGAGGACCAAACUUGAUCUUUAGCCAUUUGUUUUGGAUGGUUUCGGGUGCGAGGCUGGGGAAAGCAUUCCGUCAAUGAGAGGUCCUCACCAAGAUAGAAAUACAGACGUGCGUGUUUGUGUGUGGGAAGGCUAAGCGUACCCCUCUGGACCUCUGCACCUCUCGGUUGAGGACCCGCAGCUUCUCCUGCUGCAGGCUGUACUCCAGGUCUUUGGGCCGACUGGCGUUGUAGAUGAAGAUGGCCAGCAGGACGGUGGGUGCCUGCAGGAAGAAGUCCAGCGAGGGCCGGAAGUCGAACAGGAAGAGGGAGAGGGCCGUGACCAACACGGUGGUGAUCUGACCCGUCAGCACGUGGAACAUGUUGUCCCGGAACUUCAGGAUGAAGGCCACGGACAAACCCAGAGCCGCUGAGGAAGGAGACAUGAUCUGAGUUUAGGUGGCGUCCAGACACGUUCUCCUUCUGAACUGAGAAAUGAUUGGCUGAAAAACGCAGAUUUUUGUUCCUUCUUCCUGGAAAUCAUGACUCAAGUCACUCGUAGAUCAGCUGCUUAACUCACCUGUGACCACCACCAGAGCCAGCGAGAAGACAUUAUGUCCAUGCAGGAGGCCACAGUGGACGGUGAGUCCCCGUGCUUCAUGGCCCAGUCCCAGGAUCAGAGCGUUGAAGAUGACACCGAAGCCAUACCUGCAGAGGAACCAGCAGUUGCUGUCACGCAGUAGCAGAAGCACAAAGGUGUUUAAGGAACUCACAGUUUGCUGUUCUGUAUGAAGAUGCUCUCCGUGAGCUGGUCUCCUUCCUUCAGGAUCUUCUCGUUGUAGAUGUUGGCCAUAGAGGAGAUGAAGCACUGCAGCAGCAGCAGGACAUGACCCACACCGAGGGCCUGGACCUUUCCCAACACGCUGUCCUUCCACGCCUUUCCAGGGAGAGCCGACACCCAGGACUCACUGGCACUGAGGAGGAGAACAAGAGGCCAUCAAUGACUGAGGAGGACCUUCACCCUGCAACACCUGAUGGCUAUUGUUUAAAAAUGACAAUAUGAAACAGAUUCAAGGCCUUCACAAAUAUAACACCCGCAGCAGAGAAGGUGGCUGAGGGGGAACUCAGUUGGACUGAAAAUACAAUGUCAUAUUUGUUUCCACAUUCCGAUUUUUCACGUCAUCUCUUCCAAAAACGUAGUUAUCUUCCAUCUUCUGAUGAAUGAGUUUGUCAAAUCAAAUUUCAUCUUAACAUUUAUUUUAGCAAGACGACUUAAUUUAAUUGUUUAAUGAAGCAAAAUCUGUCUUUAAUAACAUAAUAGAAACUGGGUUGGUUCAUUGAGAUAAUCACAGAAAUUCUAAAAAUAUUCCCGAACCAAAUGACACAUUUUCGAUUUACAACAGUGGCAAGUUACGACACUCCAAACAAGUGAAAUGAAAUAACCUUGCUGGUUAAACACGGUGGUGAUAUCAGACAUGUACGGAUGUUUUGCCUCAGUUGGCUCAUGAGGAGCCCAAAGGUCACCUGCUGUUCCUCAUCUGCUCCAGCAGCUGGGUGUAGAGCAAGCAGGAGUUGGACGAGGUGGUCAAGGGGCUCAGGCGGAAGGUCGGCACUGGCAUGGCGUCCUGGUGCGCACCUGAUCCCGUUGUCAAGGAAACGAUGGCCAGGAAGAGAAUCACCAAGGCAGCCCACUGGAGCCAGGACAGGCGCCUCCUGGUGGAGACGAGAGGCAGCACAAAAAAAAUGUUUAGACCGACCUUCGGCAAAGGAGGUUUUGUGGUCAGGAUCUUACUUGAGGACGAUUCUGAAGAGCACGGCCGUUGUUAGGAUGACGAAGUUGGAGAAGAGGACCGCCAUGGCCUGGAGGACAGGACAGACACGGACAUGAGACAUUGUUGCGCGCAUAAAUGGGGUCACAUGAUUGGUUUUUGGGGCAUCAUUGAAAAGCAGGUGAACCCCAAGAGGACGAAAUGGCAGCAUUUGUUAGUCACAUGACUGGAUCCUCAGAGGCAGAGUGGUGGGGGCAGCAGCUUUGAUAAGCAGCUGCAGGGUUGCCUCUCCACAGACAGGUUUGCAGGGGAACAGUGAGGCGUGACCAGGUAUUUCACAGUGAAGGUCCACUGACUAUGAUUGAGUGAAGUUCACACACCUCUACCGAAUGUGUCUGACACAUUUUCCCAUUAAAGUUGUCAACAAUUAUAGAUUGUUUACUCAUUACGAUCAAUAGUCAAGCUUGAAUGGAGACAGUUUCCAGACGGCAGUUCACUCACAGGCUGCAGGUAGGUCAUGACGUAGAAGACGAUGAGGUUGUCCAGGAAGUAGAGGAACGCUGGCACGGCCCACUUGAGCGACUGGAGGCAGGAGACGGUGGACGAGAAGCCUAGAUCGCUGCAGGACCGCCCCUCUGCAGACACAGAGCGGGACAUGAACGACGGACCGGAGCUAGCUAGUCAUGUGACCUCACACCUACCCUUGAUGAAGACCCUCACGGACAUGAUGAGACAGAAGACCAGUUUGAGCGCCUCUGCCAGCAGGUUAACGGACGCUGGGAGGAAGUCAUACUUGUUCUCUGUGGG